AUGUGCGCUUGCUGCGCGCGUGUGCCCUGCCCCGCACAAGAACCCGCGCGCACGAAACUCUGCCAGCACAUCGCCUCCCCCCCCAGACAUGGCCCAGGACCUCGAGCAACAGCUACUGCUGCUGGCGCGCCGCAGCGCCGCGCUCGCACUCACCUUCGCGCAGCACGCCGCUGCAGCCGCGCUGGCGCUCGCCCGCCAGUACCCGGUUGCCGCGUACUGGCUCACCCUCCUCCUGCUCACCGUCGCCGCCGCCCGCGUAGCUCGCGCGCUGCUCGCUGCGCUGCGCCGCAUGGCCCUGCUCGUGCUCGUCCUGCUCGCGCUCGCUGCCUACAGCCGCGGUUGGGACACGCUCGCCCGCCACGACCUGCCCGCGAUUGCCGCCUACGAUCCCGCCCGCGCCUGGGCCCACGUCGCCACAGCCCUCUCCGCGCUGCGCGUCUUCGCCGCCCACGUCGCCGCGGGCGCCCCGGCCUUCGAGGACGCACUCCGCUCCCUCGCAGACCAGCACCGCCCCCUCCGUACAUAGCUGAUCUAUAA